AUGGCGCCCACUCAACUGGAAAUUAAGGUUAAGGCUCUGCAAAGAUUGGUGAAGGAGCACUCUUACUACCAGCAGGAGCUAAAGGACCAGAAAUCGCACGUGGAUGCGAUGCAGAAGGACCCUCAGGUGGAUUCGUAUGACUUGAAGAAACAGGUGGAGGUGUUACAGGAUACUGAGAGGCUGCUGCCAACGCUGUACAAGAAGAUCGGCGAGUUUAAGGAGAAUUUGGAGCAGUACGUUGCCAGUUACGACGGGUCUGAGCCAACGGAAGAGGCAAAGCAAGCCACCACUAAAGCUACUGAGCUGUUGGCGUCGGUCAAAAACUAA